AUGCUUGCUGAUCCGGAAAAGACCGUUAUAUGUCCGGGCGUACAUGACGGACUUACGGCCCGCGUGGCGCUGAACGUAGGCUUUGACGCGUUGUACAUGACGGGCGCGGGAACAGCUGCAUCCCGUCUCGGGCAGCCGGACCUCGGUCUUACAACCGUCGAUGAUAUGGCGACGAAUGCCGAUACCGGGUUUGGCGGACCCCUGAUGGUCGCCCGUACUACCGAGAAGUACGUUCUCCAGGGGGUAGCAGCAUUUCAUAUCGAGGACCAAGUCACGACUAAGCGCUGCGGACAUCUCGGCGGAAAGGAGCUCGUUGAUACCCCUCCAUUCGUGGCACGCAUCCGGGCCGCUGCGGCUGCGCGCUCGCGCAUGGGCUCGGAUAUCGUAAUUAUUGCGCGCACUGACGCGCUGCAGUCACGGGGCUACGAGGAGGCAGUUAGCAGAUUAAAAGCCGCCGUGGAAGCCGGUGCCGAAGUGGCGUUCCUAGAGGGGAUGCAGACGAAAGAGCAGAUGGCACAAGUAGUUAAGGAUAUGGCGCCUACCCCGUGUCUUCUAAACAUGGUCAGCGGUGGCGUCACACCUUUGGUCAACACGCGGGAGGCGAAGGAGUUGGGAUACAAGAUUGUCCUUUGGCCUAUAGCCGGUAUGUUCUGCCGGGAACUGAAGAGCACGGGCGAGAUAAAGAAUAGGUAUAAGGCAGAUGGGAAGAUCGAUGGAGGUGUGAGGGACGUGUUCGAACUGUGCGGACUGUCGGCUUGCGUUGAGUUUGACAAGGAGGUUGGGGGUGCAAGUUUCGCGAAUGGGGCUUGAGAGCUUAUAGGAGUUCCAUGAAAUAUAACCAUUCACUGCGGAGUAGACAAUAAGGGGUAGAGUCGAAGUUUGGUAAUAGUCCCUCUGAACCCCCCUUUCCUUUGUCCAAUCCUAAUCAUUCAGUUACCCCAAUCUAUAUUCAAAAAGAAUAUUGAGUCUGUAGUGUAUUAGUGAUAUCAGAUAGGCAAGCUCCAUUACCGUCUAAACACUGCAAUCAUGGAAGCAGAUGAGGUCUCCAGUAAGUAGCGUUCUGCCAAGAUAUGCUGUGGCUUUUCUCAUUCGUCUUGUCGUGGGAAAUAUCCAUUCCUAUACGGUGUCCUCCUGAUCAAAGGCCACAAACUUUCUCAUUCAAUAACGAUUGGAGGCUGCACGGGUACGAAGAUAUAUGAUUUGUCACAUGCGAAGCAUGCGUGGCUCGCUUCGUUAUAAACAAAUAGAUGAAGGUUUAUUU